CGAAAGGCGAAGCGUCGGUAUUUCAGCCGGAAUUAACUGAAAGUCAUCGUGCGACAAAGARUCUAUACUGAAAUAUUCACACUGAUCUUAAAAAAUCCUUUGCCUUUACGAUAGAAUCACUACAGUUGAACCAUGCAGGAUCCAAAUGAAGACACAGAAUGGAACGAUGCCCUCAGAAGACACGGUAUUUUACCCGAGAAACCAAAGGAAGCCGAAGUGACAGAGGACGACAUAGUCAACCUGGUGGAAAAGACUAUCCAUGAUAGAUUCAAAGACACGAAACCUAUAGAAGACAUGAGUCUUGAGGAACUAGAAGAGAUGGAAGACGAGGCAGAUGAGCGUGCUAUGUUAGAAUACAGAAAACAAAGACUUGCAGAAUUAAAUGCUUAUCAAAAAGCAUCGGUUUUUGGUGACGUUAGAGAAAUAACAGCCCAAGACUAUGUCACAGAGGUUAAUAAAGCUGGUGAAGGUGUAUGGGUGGUACUACAUCUAUACAAGACUGGCGUUCCCUUAUGCACACUUAUUAAUCAAUUUAUAUCCCAGUUGGCCAGAAAGUUUCCAGCGACAAAGUUUAUAAAGAGUAUAUCAACACUGUGCAUACAAAACUAUCCAGACAAAAAUCUCCCUACAAUAUUUGUGUAUUAUAAUGGAGACUUGAAGAAACAGUGGAUUGGUCCUUUCUCAUUUGGUGGAAUGAACCUUAAGAUUGAUGUUUUAGAGUGGAUGCUGUCCGAGGCUGGUGCUGUUGUAACAGACUUAGAGGAAGAUCCAAGAAAGAAACAUAAAAUCCAUGAUGUCAUGACAUCUGCAAUAAGACAACGACCUAUGGAUUCUGAUGAUGAUGACGAUGAUGAUUAGGCUUUUUUAUUAUUUAACAUUUGAUUUUAAUUUCUAUUUCAAUAAAAAGUUAAGAAAAAAUCUACUUUUAAAUAUAGGAAAUUUUAAAUAUAAGAAACAACCAUUAGCCUUCCUGGGACAGGAACUGCAGAGCUAGGGGAACUUGGGGGCUAUUCCCAAUUCCCCACCCCCCAUCCCUAAUAACUUUGCUGCCUUGUUAAAUUACUUUAAUACUAUGUACAGUAUAACGUUAAUGUAAUAAAUAUGUUGCAAAUGCCCCUCAAAA